GAGCACUUUCGGGGCAUGCUGGCCAUCAAGAAGAUGUCAGGCGACGGCAACUGCCUCUUCCACGCGCUCGGAGAGAACACCGGCGAGAGCGGGGCAUGCCUCCGAGCCCUAAUCAUCCAGUACCUCAGAGAGAACGCAGAAGCCGAAGAAGACGAAGAGCAAGUGCAGGCCUGGCUACAGGAAAGCCAAUAG